ACUGGUAAAUAUUUUAUGACAAUCAAGACUAUUCUGAACUCUAUUUUGUAAACAACGCAGAUUAUUUUUUCACAUUCUUUUGGACAUUUGACUAAAUUCAAGAUGUCCCACAGCAUGAAAACCUUCAAAGAAAGAAGGACACUUUCUCAGAGAGAAAAGGAUGUAGAAGCCAUCAGAUCACAACACCCAGAAAAGAUUCCAGUUAUUAUUGAAAGAUACAAAAAUGAAAAAAAUCUACCAAUGUUGGAUAAAACUAAAUUUUUAGUUCCAGAUAAUGUGAAUAUGUCUGAAUUAGUCAAAAUUAUCAGACGUCGAUUACAACUACAUCCUAGUCAAGCCUUCUAUCUAUUGGUUAAUAAUCACAGCAUGGUUAGUAAUACAGCACCUAUAUCACAGGUUUAUGAACAAGAAAAAGAUGAAGAUGGAUUCCUAUACAUUGUCUAUGCCUCUCAAGAAACAUUCGGUUAAAUUUCCUGACAUUGUCAUUCUAGAUAAAAACAACUGAAAAAAGGAUCUAAGUAUAAGUUGAACUGUUAAGAAAGACCUUUUUGGUUAGCUGUGCUUGCCUUUUCAAAUACUUAUGUUGUGUUGUACCAAAGUUUGAUGUUUUUAUUCUAAUGGAAAUAAAGAUUUGACGUUUGAUAUAAUAUUAAUUUAUGGUUCACGUCAUUGUUAUUUAUUUUGAUUUUUUUAUUAUCUGAUUAUAAAGCAUUUAAUUUAGAUCCUCUAGAAAUCUAUCAUUUGUGACAUUUAUUUGUGAUUGAUGGGAAAUCGGGAAAAAUUAGAUAUAAUGUGUGUUGUUUUUACAAAUAGAUGUUGACCUGUUGUUGGAGAUAUGUAACCAGGUUGCUUAUUGUUGUUGCUUAUUCCAUUUUAAGUUUGUAUAAAGCAGAUAAAGAUACUUUUUGUUUCAUACAAACUAGCUGUAAUUGUAUAAAAUUAUAAUAGAUGGUCUCAUAUUUCAGCAUAAAAGAUAUAACUUAGUUUUUUUCUAUAAAAAUCGUUGAUGUGUAAAAUUUUAUAAUGUAUACAUAUUGCAUUUUUCCACUGUGGUGUACAAUAUUUUAUGUAGUAGUUUAGAAGUGUUUAAAUCAAUACUUUAUACAUUAAUGGGUAUUAAUAUUACAUGAUAUUAACAAAAACAAUGGAGAGUUGUGUUAAUUUCAGAAAAUUCCUAUGGUAUAGAAUUCUUUCCUUGCACUAUAUACAUGUAGUAGUUGUUUUUUUCAGCUAAAAUAUGGGUUAAAAGAUCAUUUUGUCCUUUACAGUCAGUUACCAAUAGAUGAAAUAUAAAAGUACCGGUUUAUUUGUUGCCCUUUUUUUUUUAAUUUUCAAUUCCAGGUAUAUUAGUUAUAGAAUAACCUGUAUGAAUGUUACAUGUAUGUUGAUAAGUAAAUUUAUUUUUACUGUUGUAGGUUUCUUUUCUCUUUAAAAUAAAAUAUAUUCUACAUUAUUAAAAACUUGUCUCUGAAGAAGAACAUUUCAGACACAUCGUAAAUUCUUUACUUAUAAACUGUCUCUCUGAAAGUAACUAUUAUUUCUGAUUUGAUCUAAAUAAUAUUUUAAAAAUAGAUUGUAAGAAAUAGAAAAGUUAUAAAAUGUAAAUGAUACGUAAUAAAAAUUAAAAGUAGAUCUGUUUAAUUUUCUUUAUGCGUACCUUCCUACAUUGUGGUAUUAUUUUGUUCUGACUGUAGAAAUUAUUGUCAAACUCAUAACAACAAAUUAUAUUGAAGUGUUGUAGUUGACAUAUUAUUAUAUUUCGGGAAAAGUUAAAACAGUUUAGUAACGGUUUUGAAGGCAAAGCAUUUUUAGCUGGUUUUAUUUUAACAGUCUAAGAUCUCAGGACAUGAGUAGGACUUCCACUACAAUUGUGAGUCAUUUUGAUAAGGCACAGGAACUUUGCAAAAAAAAAUCAUUUUUUUAUGGUACGAUAUCGUACAUUUAUGUGUCUCUACCACUUUGUCAGUCUCGUGUACAUAAAAUUUCUAUUUUGGAAUAAGAAAUAAAAUCUUAUUUUUUAGUACCGGUAUUUAAAUAUUUCUUUGAAAGGAGUCAAAUAAAACCAGCUAAAAAGACUUUGUUAUUUAUCUUUGUUUAUUUUAUUAUUUCACAUCUUUAAUUAUAUAUUUUGUUUUGUUAUAUAUAUUUUAUUGUAUAUUUGGGAUGAUUGUUUUGUGCAUAUAUUUGAUUAUAUAUGGUAUAUAUAAAACACAGUAUGAUAUCUUACUACACCCAUCGGAUCAGAAUUUUCUUUGGAAUGUGGAAUUUUUAUAAAAAAUGUGUUUCUGGCUUUAAUAUAGGAGGGCGUUCCUCAUGAACAUCUUAAACAUUUCGGAAUAUAGACUUAAAUUUUUUUUUUUUAAUGUGUUUGCUAGAUUCAUACUGUUUAUGCUAAGAUGGAUGCAAAGUAAUCAUUUUGUCUCUGAAAUUGUCAAUUUCUAGAAAUCAUGUUAUAUUGGUUACAUAUAGAAAUUCUGCACUUGACAAUCAGGGUUCCGAGAAAUUAAAGGAUAUCUCAAUCUGCAAUAAUCUACUGAAGCAAACCAUUCAUUGCUGUAUUUUAGAUCCAUGAAAUAUUAUUAAAAGGAAAUCAGAAACCAAUGUUGGCUAUUGAUAUCAUUCGGCCAUUUUUAUGUGAUAAACUGGUAAGGGACCUUCAUGUGCUUCCAUGAAAAAUAUUUGGUAAUUUUUUUUUCUAUGUAUGGAAAAAUUUAGAAUUAAAUUCAACCCUUUCAUUGUUUUAAUUAUUAAAUAUUGUUUAUAAAUAUGGUGAUUAAAUUGUAUCAGUAUAGAA